AUCUGACAGUGGAAGAGACCCACACAAUCUGAUGUUGGGAUAAUUGGGGUAAAAUACGUAGUUGCAUCGUUCCACUUCGAAAAAUGUCAUUGAAAGUGUAAAUUUUGACUUUUUGGAUUCUAAAUUCUAACAUAAAUACCUUUGUUCCACUUUCACAUUUACACAUUCACCAUUACAAUGAAGUUUCGCGGCAUUUCGUCUUCUACACGAACCUGCAAACCUAAAUCUUUAUCAACCCCUUUUCCAUUAUCUUCUUAUUCUUCUCAUCAAGAUAAUCAUUUUUCUAUUUUAAACUCUUUUACUAUUAACACCCCCAAUAAUACUACUACUACUACUGGCGAUGCUAUCCAUGAUUAUGAUGAUGGUGCUGCACCCUUCAUUGGUCCUCCUCCUUCUCAAACUGAGGUUCAUGAUGCUCUCUCUUCUCUUCAACGGGUGUUAGGGCCUGCUUCACGUGCCGAGCUCCUUAGGGACAGGUAUUUCAACAGACUAGAAAUUGAGCUAGGCAGUCUUGGCCUAGUUUCUGAAGAUGAGAAUAUAGACUGGCUGGAACCAUCUUUGUUUCCAUAUAAUCCGAGAAUGCUACAAGAUGAUGGAUUUGAUAGAGUUUAUUAUGCAAUUCACUUAUUGCAGACUGAUCCAUCUGUUCAGAGAUUAGUAAAAUCAUUAUCCACCGAUGAAGCUGUUUGGGAGGCUGUUAUGAAUAAUGAAGUUGUUCAGCAACUAAGAGGGUCAAUAUCUUCAGAUCAAGAUGGGAUUGCUGAUGAUGACCCUGACAAUACAACAAAUGUUUUGAUUUGGCUAUUAAGUACUGCCAGAGCCAAACUCAUCGAAGUAAUCAAGAAAAUUACCAAGAUUGUGAUCAAUUUUUUUCAACAUUCAUAUAAAAAGACAAUUGCACUUACAAAAGAUUCUCAACCCUUUAUUGAGAAGCUGAGAGCUUCUUUCAUGCUUUCGAUCAUGGUCUUGUUGAUUGUGGUGGUGUGUCGGAACCAAAGUUAGGCGCAACAUAAUUUGUCUACAUUACAAACAAUUUUUUUGGAUUUUUGGGUUAGAAGAGUGCUAUGAGCACUCUAUUUUACACAUGCAAAACUUUCCAAAUGUGAUCUUAUGCUACUGAUACUUUUGUUUAUUUAUAUCAGAUAUCUGAUUAAAUUAUCAUAUAGUUAUUGAA